AUGAAUCCGAUUCAAGAAGCGAUUGAAGAAAUCGAAUCGCGCGAGCCAGGAGAUCAUUUUACGUAUACAGAAGUUGCGCGACGAUACAAUAUUGAUCGACGUACGCUCGCUCGAAGACACCAAGGCGUAACUGGCCCGCGCGGGCUUCCCCAUCGAUCCCUACACCCAGAAACCGAAAUCGAACUCAGAAACUACUGCAAGACGCUUACUGAACGAUGUUUGCCACCGUCAAGGCUCAUGAUACAACGCUUUGCUUCUGGUUUGGCUGGAAAAGACGUUUCAGAAAGCUGGGUUACCCGGUUCCUCCACCGACACGACGAUCAUCUGAUCUCUCGCUGGAACAACGGUUUGUCAAAACAACGAGUAAAAGCGGAUUCAGCUGCCAAG